GCAACUAAAACAACAAAAAACAGAAAAAUGGCGAUCUACUCCGCCUCCUGCGGCUCCCGCAGCCCUCCCGUAAUCCGCCUUCUCGUUCUCCGCCUCUCGACCGCCGUUUCUAUUCCUUCCUCCGCCUCCUCUUCUCCUCCUCCUCCCUCCUCCUCUCCUUCCAACUCCCAUUGCCUCAACGACCACGAUCCCAUCAAAACCCUACCCCUCCCCAAACUCUCUUCCACCUCCACCUCCGGCCGCUUCGCUGUCGAGCUAGCCGCCCGCCGACUCUCCCGCAUCAAAUUCCGCGAAUCCAACCCCACCGUCUCCCAUGAAUCCUUUCUCUCUACCGUCAUCCUCUCUUACGGAUCCGCCCACAAACUCGACCGCGCCAUCGCCAUCUUCGAAGAAAUCCCCCGCCUCUGUUCUGCCCCUCCCACGACCCUCUCCUUCAACGCCCUCCUAUCCUCCGCCAUCCGAGCCAGGCAGCACACCCAGGUACCGCAUCUCUUCUCGCUUCUAUCCCAAAAGCACAAAAUUUCCCCCGACCGGUUCUCUUACGGCGUUCUCAUCAAAUCUCUCUGCCUCUCCGGUAAUGUUGAGAACGCCUUGGAUAUCAUAAAGGAGAUGGAGGAGAAGUGUGUGGAGGUCACAACUGUGAUCUACACCACUCUUAUCAGCGCUUUCUACAAAGAUGGGAAGCGGGAGAGGGCUGAGGAACUCUGGAAUGAGAUGGUAGAGAAGGGCAAAGAUCCAGAUUUGACCUCUUAUAAUGUGAAGAUCAUGCACCAAGCGCUCGAUGGCAAGGUCGAGCAAGUUCUUGAGAGCAUAUCGGAGUUGAAGGCCGCUGGAUUGAAGCCCGAUAGGAUCACGUAUAACUAUCUCAUGACUUGCUAUUCUAAGAAUGGGCGGUAUGAGGAUGUGAAGCAGGUCUAUGAAGAACUGAAGAGCAGUGGCUAUGCUCCGAAUUCUACAACGUUUAAGGUUAUGAUGAAUCUCUUGUGUGAAAGUGGAGAUUUUGAAGCUGGAUUUGAUGUUUUUAUGGAGAGCAUGAAGCAUGAGAAGAUCCCUGAUUCCGUGACAGUGAGGGCUUUGGUGGUGGGAUUGGCGAAGAAGGCCAAGUUGGAGGAAGCGAAGAUGGUGAUAAGGGCGAUGAGGGAGAGGUUUCCGGUGGAUAUGGUGGGUGAGUGGAAGAUUGUUGGGAAAGAGCUUGGUUUGGAUAUAUAGAUGAGAAAGGGCUUCUGAAACUUGAGAGGCAAUUUCUAGUUAAAUUGUUUUGUAGAGCUGAUGUUUAUUGAAAAUAAUGCCUCUUUUUAGAA